AUGACCGGGCUGUUAUCCGAUGAUAGGAAGAGAAGCUACGUUCUUCGUGGUGAGUGUUAUGAAUCGCAACGAGAAUCGGUGAGUCGCAACGGCCUCCUUCUACAAGUAGGUGAUUAUUGCAGGGAGGCCUCGGAGUUAGACAUAGAGUCAGUCACAUCCUUUGACAUAUUCCAUAGAGAGGAUGGACGAAAAAAUUACUGGGACGGGGUGGGCAGAAGACCUUCUAUCGACUUAAACCUACGUUAUGAGGGCAUUCUCGAUUCUAGGGAUGGCAAUUUCGCGUACAGAGAGAUAUACGAAUGUGAUCGUUAA